AUGGCUGAUAAAUAUGAGCAUCAUCGUAACAUUCACAACCCGAAAAGCAUUUUCUUGCCAAUGUUCUGCCGCCUAUCCAUCAAAGAAGUCAAACUCAACGGCCACCGGAAAAUACACGCCGGCGCCGGCGAACCCUCCUCCCCGAAAGUCAGCUGCAUGGGCCAAGUCAAGAGAAACCCGACCGCCGCCGCCGGCCACCACAAGCACACAACCCCCAACCGGAAUAAGCCCGGAAAAGCCCUUCUUCCGAGCACCGGCGGCGGUGCCCCUAUCCCCGGCGGCGGCAGAAUCAGCCAAGAGAUGAACAGAGCCGCGAGAAUUUCGAGGAGGUCGAGGGUGACGAUCGAUUUCGAUCGGGAUGGAGCGGUGGAUGUUUCCAAGAUGGAUCCGCCGCUGCCCGUGGUGAGGAGGGCGGCGCCGCCGCCGGGGGCCGGCCGGGAAGAGGUGAAUCUUUGGAGGAGGAGGUUUGAUGGGGCGGGCGGCGGCCUGAAAAGGUUGGAAAUUGAAAAGAUCCGUCUGCCGGGCGGCGGAUUCCAACCACCGGCGUCGUUGACGGUGUGA